GAAGUUUAAUCCGGCUGAGAUUGAAAGCGAACAGUUUCUUAUAACGUAGUGGAUUUCGGCUAUCUCUGUUUUUUACAGGAUUAUAGCCGUCAUCUGUCCAUCUAUCAAUGACUGCAGCACUGCACCACUGAAUAACAGAACACUUUUCAUACAAUUGAGUGAAACCGGAAUCGCUUUUGAGAGUUUUGCUAAGAGUAGGGGCUGCCUUGCCUGCUGCUGACUUCCUGUUGCUUGUUGGCCGUAAGCUGUCGUGAGUUGUUAAACAGAAUAACGAUCGAAGUUCUCAAUUAUUUUCUUUAAAUUUUAAUCACUUUUGAAAAUUAUUAUUUGAUUUACUUAUAGGUACACAGUUUAAAAGCAGUUACUUUGGUGAACAACGUGCCUAUUAGCAAAAUGCUUUAUAAUUUGCAAUAAGAGUUUUUAAAGUAGACCAAAAUUCAAGCGCCUAGUAUUUGAAAGUGGUAAAUGAAAGUUUGCAUUAAUUAUUGAUUUGAAUUCCUCCUGAGGAUGUGGAAGAUAUUGUUUCAUCUUUUUGGGUUGCUACAGUUUUCCUAUGGCUGUUAUUAUGAUUUUAUGUAUGUCCAAGCCCCAAGCUCCCUCAUUAGGGCAACUCCAUUCGGAGGUAAAUUAAAAUAUCUGACAUACCUGAAUGCUAUGCUACAAACAGUUUACUUUACUGUAGCAUUGCUAAAUGAUCUGUUUGGAACUAAUGAGGCAGCCCAAUCCCAAAAGCCUCUCAUAAGAAGACUGAAGGACACAAUAUUCAGCUCGCUUGCAUUCCCAAUAUCAAUGUUUGUUGGAAUAACAUUUUGGGGAAUAUAUGCUGUAGAUAGAGAGCUGAUCUUGCCACAAGUUAUGGACGAAUUCUUCCCCUUCUGGUUAAAUCAUGUUAUGCAUUCCAAUAUUGUUGUUUGUACCUUAAUUGAACUUUUUACAUCAUUUAGAAUGUAUCCUCGCAGAAAAAUAGGACUUUCUACACUUUCAUUUUUUAUGCUUGGUUAUGCUGUUUGGGUACACAUAAUAUAUUUUAAGACUGGAAGCUGGGUGUACCCUAUUCUCUCAGUUUUAAACUGGCCUUUGAGAAUAGUGUUUCAUCUGUUUAGCCUUGCAUUUGUUUGUGCAUUGUACACAUUUGGUGAAACACUUAAUAGAGCUGUAUGGUCAAAAGAAAUAGAAUCCACUGUACGGUCCGGCAAAAAGAAGGCCAAAUGAAAUGCUUCGUUUUUUUCAUGAUAUAUUUUAAAUGGUUUUUUUUUGUUCAUAGUUCAUUUCGAGUAGCAAAUUGUGUACAUGUAAUUACAUCUUGAAUUGUCACAAUGUGUUGUGAUUUCAAGCUUUUAAAUCAUGUAAUUCUUAGAUUGAGAUUAUAAAAUUAAUAAGACUCGACACAUUGUUUCAAAUUAUUAACAUUUUAUUGAAAUCAAAUAAUACUUAGCUAAAUUUAUAAUUUGUGCCUUGAGAUUUAAAGGUGAAAUCAAAACAUAUGGGAAUUUAGGUAAAUUUACUUUAAGACUAUGAAUUUAUUAUUUAUUUUUGAUACAGUAACAAGUAUAGUAGCAAGCACAUUAUUUAUUUAAUUUAUUAGUCAACUUGUGUAGUUGUUUUGCACUUUCAAUAAUAUAAUCUUACAAUAAUAUUAAAUAAGAAACAAACUGUGAAGCACAAAUUUAGUAAUUAUAAAUGUGAUAUUUGGCUUAAUCCAGUAACAAUACACAUAUAUAAGUUGAUCAUGUACCAACAUAUGAUUGUUAAAAUAAAAUUAUUAAUACUCCAGUGCUAGAAAAAACUUGCCAUUCAUUUAUACAGUUGUUAUUGUUACAGUAAUCGCAAUAAAUUUGUUAUAAAUCUU